AUGAAUGAAAAUGAAAUUGAUGUCCUGAAAAAUGAAUUGGAACAUGAAAAGACUUGCAGAGAAGCCGCGGCAUGGCAGAAUACGGAACUUGAGAAACAAAUAGUUUCUAUGCAAGAGGAAUUACGAAAAUCUGAUUACCCUUGGGACAAAGAUGACGACUUGCAGAAGGAGAGCGCAAGACAUAAGCAACUACUAGAUGCUAUAGAAAUGCUUAAAAAACAAUUACCUAUUUUGAAAGAAAGAAUUAAGAACGCAAAAGUCUGUGGACCAGAUUGUAAACUGAAACAUGACGACCUCAACAUCAAUCUUGACAUUCUUACGCCUGCUGAACUUCUUCGCACAGUGAAAAAAUUUGAAAGACUCAAAACGGAUUUAAUAAGUACACUACGUAGUAAAGAAUGGCGCUUGGACUCUGAGUCUAAGUUGUUUGUACGCGUGAACGACCAGAGAACUUAUCUGCAGAAUGAGCUGAUGAUAUGUCAUAAUAAUAUAAUGCGUUUGCAAAGAAAUGGCAAUUAUUGGCAUUUUGAAUAG